AUGAAGAGAACUCAUGAAGAAAGAGAAAAUUUUGAGUGCCGUGGAAAUUCUAGUGAACAACUGAUGAUAUCUUAUGAAGAUUUAGUGCCAGCUCCAAACGUGACAGGCCUUAUGCGAAGGAUCAUCCCAAAUCAGAGUGAGAUAUCAGCUGAUGCCGUGAUAUCAAUUCAGCAGUGUGUGGUCAAGUUUAUCCGCUCUGUGACAGCUGAAGCCAACACUAGGUGUGGCGAGGGGAUGCGCACAACUACGACUGCACAUGAUGUGUUAAUAGCACUGAACAAACUUGGCUUUCACCACUACAUUGGACCACUUUUUAUCUAUCUGAAUCGCUUUCAAGAGUUUCAAGCUGAGCAGGGCGAGCCCCUGGUAAUCAGGAGGACACUAUUCCAGCCCCCAGGUAUGGGGAUUGGUGCACCAGGUUUUGACGUUGAAGGGCUGAUGACAAUGGGAGGUCUCAUGGGAGAUGAUCAGAAUGAUGCACCUUCUGGCAGUGCUGCAGAUUCAACUGGUGAUGCUUAG